AUGGAGCUGCUCUACCACACCAAUCCUCAAGCAAAGGCAUGGAAGUGGACUUCAUGCUGGGAGCACAUCGUGCUUUUGCCCGACGUUGGCUUGAUCAAGUUGGCCAGGCGCCUGCAUACGCCUCGUUUCUGGGAGGAGUCUUUUUCGCCAACGGUGGAAAGCAGCUCCUCGAGAUCCAAGAUCACCACAGGCUGGCACGCCAAAGAAGCGCAGUUCCUAAAGACGCUAGGUAUCGCCAAGGAUCACAUAUUCUCUUCCAGGGACGCCGGCUUUGAGAGGCUAGUCGCGGACAAGACUACUGGUCAUGGCGUCGAUGUGGUCCUCAACUCAUUGUCGGGAGACCUCGAGGAGAGCAUUGAUUCAAAGGUGUAA